GUUGAUUCUAAUGAUAUUCAACUGGACUUUCAGCUGAUUUACUCUCCUUCCGAAUUCCGAUCGAAUUGCUUGAGGUUUUAGCUGGAAGAUCUAUUUAUUAUAUCCAUUAAUGGAGCUUCCUCGCCCUUUAGGAAGGCAAGAAGGGCGGAAGCAGACACAUGACUUUCUCUCUCUUUAUGAACCAGUCCAACAAGAUCCAAUUUCUCCUCCUCCCCCACAAGCUGGGAAUUUCCUUAGAACACAGGAAUUCCUGCAACCAUUGAGUUCGAGAGGGGAGAAUAAUGGCAAGGAGAUAAUGAACUUGGAGAAGGCACCAACACCUGCAGGUGGAUGGAUAGGUACUAAUUAUAGCAUAAGUCAAAUUUCGUUAUUUAACAAGGUACUACAAAAGGUGGAAGGAGGUGUAUUUACAAUGGCUCAAGCAGGUAACAUCAACAAAAAUGAUGUGAACUCAAAUUGCAGUUCUUACCCAGUUAAUGGUUUCACAUUAUGGGAAAGAUCUGCAAUGGCAAAGGGGAAGACAAGGAAGGAGAAUAUUGCUGGAGAUAUACCUGUUACAGUAGCUGCUGGAAUUAUAAUGGGAGAAGGAGAAUGGCCAUCACAAUCCUCUUCAAACAACAGUAGCAGUAACCAUCAUCAUCUCGCCAGCACCACUUACAGCUCCCUUUCUUCUUCUCAACCCUUGUCAGCAAACAAGAAUAAAAGUUUUAUGGAUAUGUUAAAAUCUGCAAAAAUCUCCCAUGAUGAAGAUGAUGAUGAAGAUGAACAAGAGUUUAUCAUCAAAGAAGAACCUUUUUCUAACCCCACAAUGAUGGUUGAUAAUAAACGAGAUAAUCAGAAACCUAGUACUCCAAGAUCAAAGCAUUCCGCAACAGAGCAACGUAGAAGAAGCAAGAUAAACGACAGAUUUCAGAGUUUGAGAGAACUUAUCCCCAAAAAUGAUCAAAAGAGAGAUAAAGCAUCAUUCUUAUUAGAGGUUAUUGAGUACAUUCAGUAUUUACAAGAGAAAGUUCAGAAUUUCGAAGGGCCAUACCAGAGAUGGAAUCAAUUAGAACCAUCAAAAUCAGGGCCAUGGGCAACCAGUCAUAAUAAUAAUAAUAAGCCUGCUGUAGAACCUCAAUUGGUAUUGUCAAUGAAUGGAAACAACACAAAGGCUCAAGAACACGAUGUGGAAAGCGAUACAAUUAAAAUCUCGACUGCAUAUUCUCAUGGGUUGUUAAGUAACUUGACACAAGCACUACAAAGUUCAGGAGUCGACUUGUCGCAAGCCACUAUCUCGGUUAAAAUUGAUAUAGGAAAGCAACCAAAUGGUAUAAACAUCGCAUCAGAACCAUCUAAUGCCAUGGACUCGAGGUCUGAACAAUGUUCGAAGAGGAUGAAAACGGGGCAACAAUAGAGAGACAUAUGACUAGUAUCUUCUCUAUAACUCUUUUACCUUUUAUUGAUGUAACAUUUUGAGGAUUUUUUAACAAAAUUUCUACUACUAUAGUUAUUAUUUUGCUAUAUAUCUUAUAGAGGGUUGGUUAAAACUGUUUUCUUGUUUUGAUGGUUUCUAUUAUUCUAGUUUUAAAUAGUUAAUUCUUUUGUAAACUUUAAAUUCUGACUUAUUUAGAUUGUUGUUCUUUGUUGGUUUAUUAUAUGUAAGAUGUUAAUUUUUAAUUUUAUUUUGAGCAAUACUCUCUAUUGGUGCUUAUAUUAUUGUAGCUAAUUUUGAUUCUCUUAACUUACAGAUUGUUAUUUUAAU